AUGGUUGCAAUUCAUGAGGGCCAAGUGAAGAAAUAUGUUGAAAAUGGUCAUGCUGAAGUUCGUGAUGAGGCUGCUACUACCAUUAGUACAUUUUCCAAGAAGUUAGUUGAGGGUAAAGAGAUUCACAAGAGGAAGUAUGAUCUUUUGUUGACAACGAUAUCAAAGCUACAAACUGAUCACCUAAAUAUAUUUGAGACAAAUCUCAAUUCAAUAGUUGAUUUGAUGGCUCGUGAUUUGAAUGCUCACGGUGAAGAGAAUAUUAAGCUCAGGGCCUCUAUUGAUAAGCUUCUUCUAUAUGCUCAAACUGUUAUUGAAAAUAUAAUUUUGAAGCUCGGUGAUAAAGAGAUUCCUGACACUCCUAUUUUCAACUCAUCUUUCACACAUGUUAAGGAACUUCUCAUGUUUUACUAUUCACAAAUGGCUAUGCCAGACUUCAAGUUAGCUAAAGAAUUAAAGAAGACUGUUGUCAAGCCAAGCACUCAAAUGUAUGGUGUAGAACAAUUUGACGAUGGUGAAAUGUUGUUGAGUCCUAAAGGGAUAGUUUUCUUGGGGAAAUUACAGAACAAUGUUCAGAAGAAGAACAUGUUAUGUACAAAUUUGAAGGAAAUGUUUUUAUCAUUGUAG